AUGCAACCCGCACAAAUACAACCAAUUUAUCUCCCAGCUUGGUUUGUAGAUGCUGAGCUACAGGCCAAUGCUUGGUUAUCUCCACACAACUCGGAGUCCGAGGAUGCCCAACAGCAACCCGUAAACGCGUAUUUCUCCCAAUCAUACCUACCAGGUUAUUCAUUAGAUCUGCUUGGAAGACUUGCUUUCAUAAACAAGAAUAUGGACCCGCGGCAGACCGUCCCAUUUUCUGAAACACUCACUCGUCAAUCCAGCGACAACGUGAUGUGUCUCCCGUUUACCAUAACCCCUCUUUCACUGCCGGAACAAGUACGCAAGUUGUCAUUUACUCAGGCCACUGUCUGUGAUGGCUUUCGCUUUCACCCCGCCUCCGUGAAGCCAAACCUGCUUGCUGCAUAUCCCGUUCUCAUUCCUAUCUAUCUCAUGCGUUAUCCCUUAGCUACGCCAUCAACAUAUAUGACUGUCAUCCUAGAGGCCUAUUCCAAACCAGGACGCUUUUUUGCACAAGAAACAGCCGCUUCCACAGAAGAUCCCAGUUCGCCAGACCUCAUAACUCACGGAGGGAAACCUUCCCUCUUCGCACAGCUCAAGCUGAUACCUAGAGGUGACACCGUGGCUGCUGGGGCCUUGGAAAAUUGGCUCAGCGCCACACUAUUCGAACCGGGCAUGACAGAAAUCUUGGCCAGCGAUGAUCCGAUUAACAUGGACGAUCCAAGAGUACGUGAAUGGACGAGAGAUGAGGUCCUUCCAGUCCAAGAUUGGUUGAAUCUAGGUGCAGAGAUCGCUGGCUUGAAGGACACAUUGAAGAAAAUACCUAUUGAUGAGUCCUCAUCAGAAAGAACCUUUCAGAUUUCUUGGAGAAGUUCUUCUCAGGUGGCCCGCCAAGCACCUAAAUCUCCUCCUGAUUCAACGAGUUUUGGCCCUCUGAAAGUAGAACGGAUGGCAGGGGGCGAUUUUGUUCGAUCGCUAAAAAAUACACUGAAAAAGUUGGAGCGAAGGCGCAACGACUUAACUCCAGAGUGGUGGAAACAGUGGUCAACGGGUAAUGCUGGUCAAGGUUAA